UGCUAUAUGAGAAUUGUGUUCACAUUUGCUUCUCAUUUAAUUGUGCGCUUGCUUUAAUAUCGCAGUCAUAAUAUAGUAAAACCAUUACACUAACUAAGCUUAGCCCGGUUCUAAUUAGUCUCACCCAAGACCUAAGAAGAAUUGUUUGUGAAAGCGGCUGAGCGAGGCAAGGGCCGCGCAGCCGGAAUACAAUAAGGCGCAUGAUACUUACGCCGCUUCAACAUUCUCAACUUGAGCAAAAUGGCGACGCAGACCGCAACUGCGGCACAAGAAUGUGAUAUCACUAUCAGUAUUAGGAAUGGGAACAGUGAGUUCAAGGAAACAUUUUAUGUACAACUCGGUAAUUUGUACAAGGAGCAGACAGGAACGGUGAAGAGGCCGUGGACGCAGGACCGGGUCGCGGAGGUCAUUCGGCACAUCCAGACCGGUAAGGCGGCCGCGGACGCCGGCGGUCGGCGCACGUCCGCGCAGUAUUACUGGUCCACCAAAUACGAUGUCACUCAAAUAGGAAGCAAAACUUACCUUAUUUUGAAAAAGAAAGCGCCUGAAGAUGCUACUGUUCGAGUGAUUCCUAUGGAACAAUAUUUUGACUUGUUGUUUGAAAUACAUCAGGAAAUAGGACAUGGUGCCUGUGACAAGAUGCUGCACAACAUUAAGAACAGAUUUUAUAUCCAGAAAAAGGCAAUAGAAAUAUUUCUUGCCUUGUGCCCAACAUGUGAUGUGAAACGAAAUUUGCCCAAAAAAGGCAUAGCGCCCAAGCAAGUUUCAUUGCAACCUACCAUUCCCAAAGAUUUUAACAUUUUUAACAGCCAAGGGCAGCUUGAUGUUAUUGAUCUUCAGUCAGCACCUGAUGGAGAUUUCAAAUGGUUAUUAAUGUACCAAGAUCAUGGUACAAAGUUCAUUCAUUUGCGACCCCUACAAACUAACCUGCCAACUGAACUUGCUUUGGAAUUAGUUAAAAUUUUCUUGACUUUUGGAGCUCCCUUCGUGUUACAAAGCAAUAACGGCCAGGAAUUUACUGCCAAAGUUGUUGAGGAAGUCCUGAAAAUCUGGCCGGACUGUAAAAUACUACAAGGAGGAGCGAGGCACCCGCAGACACAGGGCAGUGCCGAGUGCAGCACCCGCGACGUGGAGGACAUGCUGUACACGUGGAUGCGAGACAACCGGUCCACUAACUGGUCUCUCGGAUGUCACUUUGUUCAGUAUCAAAAGAAUGCAGCGGUUCACUGGAGUAUCGGCAGAACUCCAUAUCGAGCAGUAUUUGGAUGUGAUCCAACAGAACAGAGCUCACAUGUUCCUUCAAGUGAUAUUGAAACUAUUCAAACUGAAAAUCAUUUAGAAAAAGUUCCCCAUCAUGUUGAUGACACGAAAGUUGCCACGAACAAAAAAAUAAAUGAUUCCAAUCCUCUUAAACAGUAUAAAGCAAAUGUUUGUACCAACAAUGAUAAAAAGCUCCUCAAUAAUGAGAGAAUGGAGAUGGAUCCCACUACUUCUAAAAAUGCGCAUACCAUGGAGGAAGCAGAGUGGACGGAGCAGGAGGAGGAGCAGCCGGAGACAGGCAACUGCAGGACAGAGACGGGGGAGGCGAGCCCGGAGCCCUCCCAUGUCAAGACAGAGCCCGUCUCUGUCAAGCAUACUGUAACCUUGAAGGAUACUGUAAAUGAGAAGCCGGCGGCGGCGCGUGUCAAGAAGGAACCCGAGAAGCAGCGGCAAGUCCGCUUCGAGAUCACGCUGGAGCCGCUCCACGAGGACGAGCUCCCUCUGGGCGGGGCGCGGGAGGCGUGGGCGAUACGCGGCGCGGGCCGGAGGCGCACGGCGCAUUCCUGCAUGAUAUGCGAGAAAGAAUUCCGCAAACCGUGUAUGUUAAGUAUACACAUGAGAACACACACUGGCGAGAAACCCUACGGGUGCAAUAUUUGCAACAAACGGUUUAUUAGUCCGACGUAUCUGAAGAAGCACAAAUUCAGACACACGGGCGAGAAACCGUACUCUUGCGCCACCUGCCAUAAGAGAUUCUCGAACUCGCACCACCUUCAAGUACACAUAAGAUUACAUACUGGGGAAAAACCAUACUCGUGCAAACUGUGCAACAAGGACUUCACGCAGGUGGCGACUUUGAAGAAACAUGAACGGAUCCACACAGGAGAGAGGCCGUACGAGUGCGCCGUAUGCGAGAAAGGGUUCAUAUCGUCCAGCUACCUCAAGAGACAUGCGCAGAUACACGAGAAACAUAGUUAUUCAUAAAUCUUUAACUAAGUUUUUAGAAACGUAUACAGGGUGAUUCAGGAGACGUGAGCAGGACUAAUACUGCGCAUUUCGUAGAUUAUAAGCAACACUUUCGUAUCAGUAUUUGUGAGGUUAACGUUAAUUUUCUAGUCACGUUGAAAAAAAAAGUUAUUCAUUUAUUUACGACAUGCGUGGUCACCCUAAAAUUAGAAUACUAAACUACCGAUAUUCUGUGUCAAAUUGAAUGUCACCACUGUCAUCGCGGUCUGGUUACUUUUGAAAACUCGUAUCUCACUCAAGUUUGACAGUUUAUUUUCUUCGUAAUCAAAAAUUAAAGAGGUUUUAUGCUUAUUAAUUAGGUCUUGUAGGGUGACC